UCGUACCGCACGUCCAGGUUGAGGUCGAGCCGUCAGGCUGCACGAAGCUACAAGUUCGUGACGGAAGCCUACAUAGACCCGUCGUCGAUUCGAGUGUCGAGUUCCACCGCCAAAGUAUGUGUAAAGGCAAGCUGCUUUAGAAGCCAGAAGAAGAAUUCAAGGCCGUACCAAGUUUCUUGUGGCAUCCUCUACAGUGGACUUGUGUGCAAUGCAAGCUGCGAAUGCGCCGCUGGAACUAGUGGUGUGUGUAAUCACUCACUAGCCCUUCUGAAACUUCUGGCUCUACUGCGAGCUAAGGACUAUGCUGAAGCUCCGCCUGUUGUUGCCUGUACUGAGCUGCCCCAGCAGUGGCGCCGCCCACGGGGAGAGGCAGUUGCAUCGACAAGCCUACAGUCUGUCGACUGGAGAAGUGUUCGAGAAGAUGGCAGUGACGUACCCAUCUCUUCAAAACUUUACGAUGCGCGAAGAAAACCGUUGGACCAGAAUGAGACAAUGCUGUCCAUUCGAAAACUUGGUGCGGAUCGUUGUUCAAGUGAUGUCACGCCCUUUGCCAAGCGCCUUCGAGAAGCCACUGCGGACUCUGUCGAAACGAGGUUUGGCCUGGCUCCUGUUGGUAGUCCCCUAUCGUACCAGCACUCACUCGUUCCAUUUGGAUAUGAGACAUAUAUCAGCCCGGAACUGAGCCUCGUACAAAGGAGGACCACUGCACUGCCUUCUGACCCGGCAUUCUUUGAGUCCGGCGUGGCCUGGGAUACCUCCGGGCACAACUUUCCCUUGCAACAGGACCUGCUUCUCAAGUCUCUGCUGGUGACUUCGACUCAAGCCACAGUUUUGGAGAAAAACACACGGCAGCAGUCGAAGAGUCCGCUAUGGAGGGCAGCCCGACGGAACAGGCUGACAGCGUCAUCCUUCGGGGAAGUUGCAACACGCGAGAGCUGGUCUUUAAAAGGCCUCAACAACCUGACAUCAACCAAGGACAUCUCGCACGUCCGUGCGGUCAGACACGGUAUCAAGUACGAGCCAGCGGCUGUGCAACGUUACGAGAGUGCCUUGCGGGUCUUGGGACAUGAUAUCCAGACAUCGCACUGCGGCAUUGUUGUUCAACCUGACUGCCCCUGGCUCGGAGCGUCUCCUGACAGGACGACAUGGGACCCGACCGAAGCAACUGCUCAUGGGGUUGUCGAGGUGAAAUGUCCUUAUACAUUGAAGGAUGGAGGCCUCGAGACUGCGGUAGACUUUUACAUGGUGAAGGAUACUUCAGGGGUGUACCGCUUGAACCGGGAACAUAGGUAUUACUACCAGAUUCUGGGUCAGAUGGCGCUUUCUGGCCUGCUGUGGGGGGAUUUCGUUGUUUAUUCCCACAAGUUUUUGAUUGUUGAGAGAAUUUAUUUUUCUCAAGAGAAGUGGCUAGAAUGUAAAACUACACUAGACAAGUUUUACUUCUCUGUUUUGCUGCCAUACCUGUCCGAAAGUCGCACAUAAUUGUUUACUUAUGCGACUUGUGGCCUGAAUGUUUUCAUUGAACAUUGUCCAACUAAUAUGACAUUUCAUGCUGCAUUCAUUUGUGUACUCUUGUAUUUUAGUGUCAAUUAAUAUAUAUGUUCAAAUGGCUGUCUUAUAAUAUUGCAGUCAAAAUUCACAAAAAAAG